ACCUGUAUAAAUAAAGGCUAAAUAAAAAAAAAAAAAAUUUGCUUCCAUAGUAUUCAGCCUGUUCAACAUUUUCUUAAAAGCAACUAGAAUUAAAGAGACAAUUUAAUGUUGUUUUUGUUUUCCUGACAAUCUACCGAUCCACACUCCAGUCCAUUAGGUGGCGGUAAUGCGCAUUUUAAUUGGUUGCCAACCGCCAAUAAACCUCAGAAGAAGAAGAAGAAGAAGAAGAAGAAGAAGAAGAAGAAGUUUUACACAUGCCACUUUUCUCCUGAAAAUGUCCACACUCCAGACACUGAAAACCUUCAUCAGCCAGCGGCUUGCUGUCGCUGUGGAGGAGAUAUCUGGGCUGCUGGAAACAACAAUCUCAAACUAUGAAGAAGAGAUCUCCCGCCAACGGAGGCUGCUCUCCAACGAGAGGUCCGGGUCCCAGAUCCACACCGCAGAUAUGCAACAAGCUUUUAAAUUUCGAGUCGUCAUCCAUCACGAAAUAAAGAAGAUAACUUUUCAAAAUGGCCUCCCCUCAUCUGUGGAGGAUUUGAUUAAAGUGUUUAAACAAGCUUUUACCAUCACCACAGAAAUAGGUCUUCAGUACAAAGAUACUGACUUUGAUGACUUCUUCACUCUAACCUCUACAAGUGACCUCAAGGAUAAAGACACACUCAAGGUAGUGCACAUUCCACCAGGCUUCUUAAAGUCCACAGUCUCUCAGGAGCACAACCAUGACACAUCUGACAUGUCCCCUGUCGAUGAUCUGCCCUCUGUGGAAGACCCAGUCAUUCCCAGCCCCCCUGCCACUGACAGGCGUAACCUGUGGCCUGCCGUCUUUCCAAUUCCCGUUUUCUCCUACAACACAGAGAUGGCUUUGCAGCAAGGCAAUGACAUUUUUUUAAAAGAUGGAACCCUGCUGACGUCACAAAGUGUUAAAUCGGACAUUCUGGAGCGCCUGGCUGAGGCCAUGUUUUCCUACACAGCUUAUCCCAAUGAUCCACAGAGGACCGCCGUUGCACAUGCACUUAUAGAGAGGCACCCCUGCUUGAGGGAGCCCGGCUCCUAUAACGGAUGUGACGGGUGGCAGCAAAGCCUAAAGUACAAAUGUGCAAACUACAGGAGCAAACUUAAAGCCCAUGGAAACCCUGAACUGAUGAUUAAUACACUGAAACACAAGCAAGAGGGUGACAGAAAACCUGCCAAAAAUGUAAAGAAACCAAGGAAAUCUGAGGUAAACUACUACCCCCCACACCCAGCCGGUGAAACAGAUGACAGCCUGGAGAAUACAAGACUUGAGCUCAUUUCAGCAAGCAAGUCCAGGGACAAUAGCCAGAUGAUGAAUGACAUGAUGUCGAGAACAUACAGCUGUAGAAGAAGAGAAGUGGUCGGCCAGUCCAUGCAAGUGGCACAAUUCUAUGAGAGAUGGCCUGCCCUCUUCAAUCCUGUACAGCUGCCAGAGCUUAUCAUGGACCCUUUCUCAGAGCAUCACCGUGUUUUUCAUCUUUCAUCUCAUUUCAAACCUUUACUUAUGCAGAUAAAUGAAGAGUUCCGAAGGUGCAACACUAUUCCCCUGGAGUCAACGUUUAUGUCUCAGCUGGACAGGUUCACUUCAAAGUUCCUGCAGUUAUUCAGCUCAAAGGGAGGAGCUGUUGGACAGCGCAUGAAGGGCUUCAUGACUGAACUAAGACAGGAUCAACAUGUGUCCGUGGUGAAGAAGAGGGACGUGAUUCUGAGAUGCCUCAUUGAGUACCUGGGGGAGAGUGUGCCUGAGCUCAUCUCCGACUACUACAGAACAGCAGAGACGAAAGUGCAUCAAGACCUUCAAGCUGAAAGUAUGAGGAUCUAUGUCUGCCAGCAGCCAGAUGCAGUGGGCAUCAUCAUUGAUGGAACUCCAGUGAUGACAGAUCUGGAUAACCUGCCCAAAGCCUGCUGCCUUCUCCUUGGCCUCACAUAUGCCCUAAAUCUGGAUUAUCCUCCCAAACUGGCCAAGACUUUUGAAGUCUUUCAAAGACUAUUUGUAGGACUUGAUAUGCUUCAACCAAAGCAAACCUCCAAGUUCAUCAGCCUGAAAAACAAACUCUUCACCUAGACAAUUGCUGUGUGCUUUUUUACUUUGUCAAGUCUCCGUUUUUACAAGUGUAUAACCUUUAGGAGCUGUGAAGGUGUCUGGUUAUUUGACAUUAAGGAUUGCACUGCAGGUUCGUAGUUCACACGUAGUGUGUUAAAGACUAUAUAUAUAUAUAUAUAUAUAUAUAUAUAUACUAAGGAUUAAAACAUUGAACUGAAUUUAAGAAUUUUAAGCAACUUAAAACUGACAAAGGGAACAUUUGGCAUUUUUCCACAAGUAUGGUUGUGAAACCUUAGUGCACAUCCUCCUUUAAUUGAAUCGAGUAAAACAAUGAAACCAGCAGCUUUCAGGGCUUAGCUCUGGCUCAAACAGUUCUCAAUUAAGAUGCAUUUAUUUUCUAUGCAAGCUCAAAAAUGUAGCUUAAUUAUUUUAUGAUUUUCUCUUAGGGGGAAAAUAAUACUGAGAUUAGUGUUAACAUUUUCCAAAAAAUUACUGCUUUUUAUUCAUUUAUUUUUUUAAAUGGACAUUUAGGCCUAGGGGGUGGCUGGAGAAAUUUCUCACUACGAGUUUACAAUUCUCAAACAAAAUGAAAGGUUUCAAGAUGUUUGUGUUGUAGAGUUGAUCUGUUCUCACAGACUUUCACACUCUGAAUUCUGAAUAAUCUAAAGAGAAUGAUAUAAAAUGUAAAAGGGUCUGUAGGAUUUAAAAAAACAACAUUGCAGGGUUUUUUUUUUUUCGCUUUUCACUGAUGGAAAUAAAAGCAUUAUCAUGGUUAGCACGUAAUAUUUAUUGGCUAUUAUUUAUUAAUACAUUAAAAUGAUUAAUGUCCUUGUAUUUUGCCUCGGAUAUAUUAUAACAUAUUGGGUGGCUUGGACAGAAAUACCUAGGGUCAAAAAUCAUUAAAUCGAUGAACCAUUAAAUAUGUGUUUGCUCUAGUGAGCCAUAACUAUUCGAUAUCGUUUAUCAACUGUAGAUAUAAACUAACUUAAAUCCUGAUAUAAAUUCUGCUCAGUAUGAAUUGGAUUGCUAAUAUUGGUACAGGAGGUAGCAGGGUUCAAAGAUUGGGUACAUGGCUACUGAGUCCAUUUUAACUCAACCACGUUAUUGACAUUGUCUGAGUGUCAGGGCCAAUCCAGGGUGAAACACCAAAGAUCCAGGAGUACAUCAGGAAGAUGGCCACGAGAUGACCGUUUUUUUGAAUAGUUUUGUAAGUUGCUGCAGUGAACACGAAUAUGCCGUCAGGCCUUCUCCAGUCACCACUUGUCACAUCUUUACCUCAUGCACAUACAGAUUGGUAAAAUAAGCAAAGGCCCGACAAAAAAAGGAGGUAAAUUCAUGGACAUAGCUGCCUGGUUACAUUAUGCUUUAUUGUUUUACUUUUUUCAUUUUCUGGUGAUGAACUCAUUGCAUUAGCCACACGUUUAAUUAAGUGUAUUGUGUAAGACAACAGAACAAUGUAAACUCAAAAUAUGAAACCAAGAUAUUUAGUAUUAACCUGUGUCCUUUGCUCAGUUUUUGAAAAAAAUAAAACCUGCCUUUCAUUAAUCAUA